AUGGAUACGGAAGAAACUACUCUUCUACUGCCUAGGUUUCAGCCUUCGGCUUUAGACUCGAUUCCUAUUUACAACAUAGUACUGGAUAUUUAUGAUCUGAUUAGCGCCAGAGUCGAUACCGCUUUGAAAUAUGACCAGUUAAGGUCUCCUCAAGUCCAUUCAUUCUUAAUAAAGCCUCUGGUGGCUGAUUUAAGAGACGGAUUAUGUGCGGGAACUUUGUAUGGGCUUAUGGCCAAUAGCAUCCAGUUUACCAAGGAAAGUAGUUCAUAUGCUGCAAUGGCGGGGGUCAUGGCUACUAGAGCUAUGAUCUGUGAAAUCGUGGCUAUAAAACUUCUGAAAGAUUUUGAUGAGGAUGAUUUGAUGAAUGCAUUAACUUAUGAUUUCUAUCCUUUGGCAAGAGGGAUGCCCGAGAAUUCAUCGACGUCCCAGUCGACACAGUCACAAUUGAUCCCCCGUUGGCAGCGGCUGUCAACUCUUGAACUGGCUAUCAAGGCAGAAGCCAAACGGUUUCUGGCUCAUCCUGUUGUGAUUCAAGUUUUGGAAGAAAUAUGGAACGGAUCAAUCAUGUUUCAAACAUCGAUGCAUAAACUCCAUCGAGUCAAGUUUGCUAAUGAAGAAGAGGUACUGGCGUCUCAAUUUGGUCGCCGAGGAGCUGGAAUUAGAUAUAACUAUAGCGAUGCAAGUAUAUUAAAGCUUUCGCGGCUGAGAGUUCCACGGUACCGGCAUUUGCUCAAUCUUGCUUCGUUUUGCGUGCUUUUGGGGCUAUAUCUUAUGGUGCUAUCAUCACAUUCAAUGAAAAUUUCAACACAAGAGAUAGUGUUUGCUCUGUGGAGUCUAGGGUUUAUUCUAGAUGAAAUAGUUGGGUUUACCGAUGUGGGCUUUACUCUAUAUAUAUUGUCUCUAUGGAACCUAUUUGAUUUGAUGAUCCUGCUCCAGCUGAUUGGAUAUGCAUGUUGCAGAAUCAAUGCUAUUCGACUGAAUGCUACUGGUCAAAUUGACGAUGCAAAGAAGAUGCUUACUCUUAGUUAUGAUAUAUUGGCGACGGUAGCUAUAUUCCUAUUUCCUCGGCUGUUUAGCAUUUUUGACAACAACGAGUCGUUCUCACGAAUGGUUAUAGCAGUCAGGAAGAUGUCUAUAGAUCUGGCUAUUUCAUGGCUUGUCAUUGUGAUGCUUUCAUCUGGAUUCUGGAUCGCAUUUACGUUAGCGUUUGCGCGUAAUGUUUUCAGUUCUAAUCAAGUAGCGUUCGACUUGAUGAGAAUUUUGUUCGGUUUUACGCCUGUAGUAUGGGAGAAUUGGAAAUACUACUCUCCAAUCGGGCGUACAAUCCUGUUGUUUUAUUUAUUCAUAACCCAUUUUGUUGUCAUGACCCUGCUGUUUGCAGUUUUAUCAAAUAGUUUUUCGGAAAUUGUCGCAAACUCGCGUGAGGAGCAUCAGUACUUGUGUGCAGUGAAUACCAUUUCAAUGAUCAAAUCAGAAUCUUCAACUUUGUUCUCAUAUUCACCUCCUUUGAAUCUUAUUGAAUGGCUGGUAAGACCAUUCUUCUACAUCUUGCCGUUGCGUCAGUUUCUUAUUCUUAACCGCACACUUGUAAAGAUAACCCAUUUUCCUGUUCUUUAUACGAUUUUCAUAUACGAGAGAUUGUAUUUAAGGCUUGUCCAAAUACGAGAGAAGGUUAAAAAGGACAGUCAAAAUCAGUAUCGUAAAAAGCAGGAAGAGCGACUGAAAGCACUUGUCACACAGUUGUCGUCAGCGGACGAUGAAAUUCGUAGUGGAUCUGCUACCCCAAGGAAAACGAGAAAGAAAGGCAAACCCGUCAGUACCCCUGUCCCAGUGCCAGGAGCAGUGUCGCAUACAGAAGCUGUCAAAAAGCAUCAGUUAAUGUCGAAGAAAAUUUCCAAGUACGAUUUAUUGGAUGAGGUUUUCAAGCGGCCAUACAAGGGAACCAUUAAGGUCCGACCAAAGAAGCCCAAGAUCGAUCUCGAUGUGGAUAUAAACGAUAGCAUAAGCAGACCUCAGCGUAAUCGUGAUAUGUCACGGUUGUUCCACAGCAGGGCAGGUUCAUCAUGGACCUCGACCAGGCCUCCUGGUACUGAAAUAUACUCUGAUCCUGAAGAUACUACGGCGCGUCCAUACUAUGAGUCAGAUGCCAUUGACGAUGAAGAGUGGCCAGGGUCGUACAUUCCAAAUACAUUUGAGAGACAUCUUUCAGGUAACUCGUCGAUUGUUAGAAGGUUAAAUGAUCGAACCUCACCAUAUCUCUUGCCAACCGUGCCGUCUAGUACAGUUUUGAACAAGUUUCACAAUGAGGACAAUUCAGCUCAAAAUACUAGACGACGCCUGCCAAUCACGUCAAGAGGUCGGCUUUUCUCCUCCACAUCAUCACUGUUCCGUCAGGACUCAACUAUGUUGGGAAUAUCUCCAACACGGUCGACAUCGUCAAUACUUCGACGCGCAAACAUUCAUGGUGCUGUCAGAAAUCGCAAAUGGGGACCGGAUCAUGUAUCAGACCAUGGCAAGGUGAAACGGUCUACUAACCAUGACGACGAAGACAAUGAUGAUGAUGAUGAUUAUAUUGUAGCCAAGUCAGAUGCCGAUGUUGAGGAUGAGCCUGAUCAAGACGACGAAGACGACAGGGACGAUGGAGAACCAACAUCUCUUGCGGCAUUUAACGCCAAUCCCGUCGACCUUUGGCAAAUGCAAGAACAAAUAAUGAACCGAAUAGACAGUCUUGAGGGUCUUUUCAAGAACAUUGAUAAGAAACUUUCUCAAAUCGCAUCACAAAACUAA